CGCGUCUCCCGGGCGGAGUGUUCUGUGCUCCAGCCUGCGGUUCCGGCGUCGGGGGCUCGGCACCGGGGCUCGCCACAGCGGCGCGGGUCCUCUCAGCGCAGGGCCACCUCCUCUGCCCCAGGUCACCGCCCACCCCAGCCCCACCCUAGCGGCGCCAGGCUCCGGGCGCGCCCCGGGAGCGCGGGGACAUGCGGUCCGAGAAGUCCCUCGCGCUGGCGGCGCCGGCCGAGGCCCGGGGCCCGGACGGGGAGCCGCAGGACGCCGCAGACUUCCCGGAGGCCGGCGGCGCCGGGGGCUGCUGCAGCAGCGAGCGGCUGGUCAUCAACAUCUCCGGGCUGCGCUUCGAGACGCAGCUGCGCACCCUGUCGCUGUUCCCUGACACGCUCCUGGGAGACCCGGGCCGCCGCGUCCGCUUCUUCGACCCGCUCCGCAACGAGUACUUCUUCGAUCGCCACCGGCCCAGCUUCGACGCCAUCCUCUACUACUACCAGUCCGGGGGCCGCCUGCGCAGGCCGGUCAACGUGCCCCUGGACAUCUUCCAGGAGGAGAUCCGCUUCUACCAACUGGGCGACGAGGCCCUGGCGGCCUUCCGGGAGGACGAGGGCUGCCUGCCGGAAGGGGGCGAGGACGAGAAGCCGCUGCCCUCCCAGCCCUUCCAGCGCCAGGUAUGGCUGCUCUUCGAGUACCCUGAGAGCUCGGGCCCCGCCAGAGGCAUCGCCAUCGUCUCCGUGCUGGUCAUCCUCAUCUCCAUCGUCAUCUUCUGCCUGGAGACCCUGCCCCAGUUCCGGGCAGAGGGUCGCGGGGGAAGCAGUGACGGUGUGAGUCGAGUGGCCCCAGCUUCCAGAGGCAGUCAGGAGGAAGAGGAGGACGAGGAUGAUCCGUAUACCUUCCAUCGUGGCCUCGCCCCUGGGGCGAUGGGGACAGGGGGCUCACCCUCACUCAGUACUCUUGGGGGCUCCUUCUUUACAGACCCCUUCUUCCUGGUGGAGACUCUAUGCAUUGUGUGGUUCACGUUUGAGCUCCUGGUGCGCUUCUCUGCCUGCCCCAGCAAGCCAGCCUUCUUCCGGAACAUCAUGAACAUCAUCGACAUAGUGGCCAUCUUCCCCUACUUCAUCACCCUGGGCACGGAGCUGGCACAGCAACAGGAGCAGCAGUCAAUGAGUGGAGGCGGUGGCCAGAACGGGCAGCAGGCCAUGUCCCUGGCCAUCCUCAGGGUGAUCCGCCUGGUCCGGGUGUUCCGCAUCUUCAAGCUCUCCCGCCACUCCAAGGGGCUGCAGAUCCUGGGCAAGACCUUGCAGGCCUCCAUGAGGGAGCUGGGGCUGCUCAUCUUCUUCCUCUUCAUCGGAGUCAUCCUCUUCUCCAGUGCUGUUUACUUUGCUGAGGCUGAUGAUGGUGAUUCGCUCUUCCCCAGCAUCCCGGAUGCCUUCUGGUGGGCGGUGGUGACCAUGACCACUGUGGGCUAUGGGGACAUGUACCCCAUGACCGUGGGGGGCAAGAUUGUGGGCUCGCUGUGUGCCAUCGCUGGGGUCCUCACCAUUGCCCUGCCCGUCCCGGUCAUAGUCUCCAACUUCAACUACUUCUACCACCGGGAGACGGAGCAGGAGGAGCAGGGACAGUACACCCAUGUCACUUGCGGGCAGCCCACGCCUGACCUGAAGGCCACUGACAAUGGACUUGGAAAGCCAGACUUCUCUGAGGCCGCCCGGGAACGGAGACCCAGCUACCUGCCCACUCCACAUCGGGCAUAUGCAGAGAAAAGGAUGCUCACCGAGGUUUGACAUGGUCCUGCAGGAGACCCAGGUCCUGCAGGAGAAGGGACGUGCUGAGCAGACCAUCUCUGAGGCUUCAUUCUCAUCUCCGCAACUCUCGCCCUUGACUCUUGCCCCUAGAUCCUAUACAGACAUCCAGGACCAAAUACCUGGACUAGUCAACCUUGUUGCUUGAUCCCUGCAGCAUUCGAGGUUUAUCCACCUGAGCGACAUUUUUGAAAUUCCAAUGGUGCCAUCCAGUCAUGUCCAUCUUCUGUCACAUGGAUGAGAUGUACAUUUAUGUCUGACCUUCCCCGAAGACUCUGAUUUCUCAUUUCUGGGACUGGUAGUAUCUCUAGAAAGAGCCAUGUCAAUAGAACAGGAGCCAGCCAUACUCAGGUCCUGUCUCUUUCCAGUGUUCUUUGCUUUGAGGCAUGCGCCUGUCUUACCUUCUGGUCACCCAGUACCUGAUACCUCGCAGGAACUGGAGGAUGGAAACAGUAUUCCACCUGCUGUUUUAUUCUAGUACUGUGUAACAUCUGCUGGUCAUCCUGCAGAAGACACUUGAAGGAGCAUUUAGCUGCACAGCCUCGACAUAUAUUAGUCUUGGGUGAUACAGAAAAAUACAGAAAAAUGCAAUUAAACGGGACCAUUUAGAGGACAUGAGGCUCAGUCCUGGGCCAAGGGGCCUAUGGAUUUUCCCAGGUGUGAGCCAGUGGCAGCAGACACCGGUGCUUGGCUGAGACUUAGUCCUCCCCAUGCCGAUCCCUGACUGUCUUCGAGCUUCCAGGAAGGCUCCUUCUCAGAGCCAGGUACUCCUUUGUGCAAGUGCCUUCCUGUGCAGAGUGAUCGGAAAAGGGAACCACAGAGCUGGAAGAAACAGCUGCGUAGAGCUGAGCAACUGGCUUGACCACAAACCUGAAGCCAAGUGUCACUGAAACAGGAGCUGUCAUCUUGGAGUGAUAGCAGAAUCUGACUGCAGGCAAUAGUUUUCCCUCUAUCAUUUCCCCCAACCUCUGAAACCCUCUCCCCUUUUUCCAGGGAGUCUCACUUAGGGCUGCAGUUGAAGUCUCACUUAGGGUUGCAGUUCAAGUCUCUUUAAAGUCACCUUACCUGAAAUCUGCAGAGGUGAAAGCACGGGUUGGCUGCCAGCCUAGGCUUCUUCCCGUUCCAUGGGCAGCAAGGUAAGGGUUAGGAUUAGAAGCGAGCAGCACUCCUCCUGGCAGCCCCGCUGUUCUUGCUGUGUGGCAGGCAUUCUCCUUCUCUGCCCUGGAGCCACGCGUGGCCUGCUCUGCCUGGUAAGGUAACAUGGUAGGGCACCCUUCUUCCAUGGUGCACCCCUUCCAUUCAUCCCACCCGCCCACACCCCUCUUCUUUCUCCUGGUAGCAUUGAUGUUCUUUUUUUUUUUUUUUCCUUUCAUAAACUGUGCUGUACCAUUCGGAUCUCUCCUGGGUGCAGUUCUGAAACCGAAAGGACUGUUAAAACAUUUAGAAUUUUCUAUCUAUGCUUUAAGACUCUUUGAUGAGAAUUUUUUUAGAAAAUUAUUUUCUCAAAGAGCAAUUUAUGAGGGACAGCCUUUUGAAGGUCCACUUGAGGGGCUUCUGUGAGUGUCAGAUCCAAAGCUGGAUUUUGCCACAGCUUUACAGGGUAACUGGUGAGAUAGUCCCUCUUUGUGCCUCAGUUUCCCUAUUAAAUGGGAACAUCAAUGUCUUUCCCUCCCUACCUCAUGGGGAAUGUUAAUGAACUCAUCUGGGAAGCUGGGGAAGACACUAUGCAAAUAUGUGAAUUAUAGUAAUGAAUUUGAUUUUUAGUUUAUCACCUGGUCUUCCCAUCUUCCAGAGGCAAGGUUUCCCUCUAAAGUUUCUGCCUGGGAUUGAGAGCCUAAGAAAUAGACCAUUGGUUUCCUAAAUCCCUCCUCCCUUGGGCUGGGCUACCAUCUUUUUUCUUCAGAAUGGAGGACACUCUUUAGUAGGCUUGGUGGGAUCCUUCUAGGGAUGGAGCUCACCUUGCCUUGGAGCUUACUUCUCCAACCUGAAAUAUAGUAGAACACAGAGGUGUUUGUGAAUCAGAGGCCAGGAAGUGCUCUUUUUCCAAAUUGCUUCCAUUACUCCUGGCUCUUUGGAGGAAAAGGGCCCACUCCAGUGGCUAGAGGGCUGCUCCCAGCUGAGGGUAAAUGUUGGUACCUGGAUGCAUGCAUCUCUACAUAUGUGUGUGAUCAUCCUCCUCACCAUUCUAAGCUAACAUUGCCUUUUCAAGUCUGAGCAUGCCUGAGAGUAAAAGGAUUGUGGAAAGCCAGGCUCUCCAGGGACUCUGGUUGCCAUAGCAACCUUCCAGACUGUUCUCUCUAUCUUCUGAUUUGAGUAUCAAGGGAGAAUACACUCCAUCUUUCUAGCUUCUCAAAUGAGAGCACUUCCCAUCUAUUGGCUUAAGGGCUGGUAGAGCCAAGACAGGGGCACAGGAGCUUGGAAACUGUGGGGAAAGAUCAACCCCAACACUUUUCUGGACCUUUCCUCUUGGUUUUCUCACCCAGACCCUGAGCUGCCUCACCUUACCCCUGAAUGUUCAGAAACUUGAACACUAAGCAACUGCCCAGUUGAACCAAUGUCAAUAUUAGGAUUUUAAAAUGACAAGAGAGUCCUUAGAUGGGACAACUUAUUAUUCCUCAUUUGGCAGCCACACUGGGCUUUGCCCAGAAUAAUACUAGUCUUAGGUAUCUUGGAGUUCUCAGCUCCUCAGAGAGACUCUUCCAAGCUCUCGGAGAGAGAGGAAAAUAAAAGUUCCUCCCAGGUGACAGUCUGGCUCCUGGAAAAAGUCUCACAGGUGGUUCUUCUUGAAUCUCCGAAGGAAAAGAGGUGGUGGCUCCAAUGGUUUCUGUGUAGGAUUUCGUCCAGGGCCCCCCGUGGCCUGGGGCGUCUGCGUGCGGGUGUGAACGUCAAGAAACUGUGCACUGUUUUGCUGUGACUGCGGCACGGGCACUCACAGCUGCCAGGAAAGGUGGAGUCCACACUGCCUGCACACCUGACUCGAGCCAGCAGGGCUUCCGGAGGACUUCCUGGGGCUGCCAGCUUCAGCCAGCAGUGAGGGCUGCUCCUCCUGCCUGGGCAUCCCCAAGGAGCAAGGAGGGACAGCUGGCUGCUUGGGCACCCGAGUCUCAAAGGAAACUGAAUGAAAUGGAGUGGAAAUUUCAUGGAGAAUACGUCUUCCUCUAACACAAAAGCCUGGCAGAAGAAGAAUCACUUUGAAGCUCCCGCUACUCUGAAAUAACUUGGUCAUGGGGUUUGAGAAGAGUGUUAACACUGGCUGGCUCAGGUCAAGAUGUGUGUAUAUGUAUCAGGGUGUGUACCAGGGUCUGUGCAAGGCACUUUGAAAUGUAUUCUCCAAGUGAGGGUGUGCAGAGGUGAGCAACCACACUUAUGACAGAGUCUGAUGGAAAUCUUAAAACAGUAAGGAUUGCUGAUGCGUGGGGGUGAUUUUUGCCGAGAGAAGAAGAGGCGUCAAGAGGUGUGAAACCUAUGGUCAGCACGGAUGGAAGGGUUAUACAACCAGAGGAACCCUUAUAUCAAGACAAAAAAUGGCUGAGGAGGAAGAGGAGGAUCAACAGGAUGUGCACACUCUGUCAUCCUGAGCUCCCUGUAGCUUGGCCUUGAAAGGGAGCAGUGCCCUCACAAACCCAUUCUGUGUUUCCUGUCUGUGAGUACGCUCUCCUUUCCCAUCUCUGCUGGUGACUUUUUUCAGAAUGCGCCUUAACACAGAAUCCUAAACUGCUAGGAGCAGAGGGCACAAGGUGAAGGGCAGGCCAGUGCUCUACAGUGAGUAAGAGCUGGGCUGCAGUUGGGACACAUACUCAGGUCCAGCCCCUUGCUAGCUGAGUGGUCUUGGGUAACCCCUGAUCAUCUUAAGAGGAAGAAAUACCAAUGUAGGUCCUAGAGACCUUAAACACCCACUAAGCUCUAGAUUUGGUGUUUCUCCCAUGAUUUACUCUGGGACCUUUUGCUUUCUGUAGAUGGGAAAGGGCAUUGUAUCUGUACAUACAGCAAAGCAGAGAGAUUUUUCCUCUGAGUAACCUCAUAAAGCUCUGAGCACCACAGGUACUGCUGGAGCAGCACACUGCAAAUCCACAGAACUGCAAGUCUCUAGGAUGCAGCACACCUCAUGGCCAGCCUUGGAUGCUGAGACCCAAGUUCUCGGCUGAGGACAGAUGGAUGUCUUGGAGUAGUGAAGGGGUAGUUAGUACUAGUUUCAAAUGUUUUAUGCUGGGGUCAGAAGGUACUGGAAGCAGUGGUGUUGCAGAGGGCUUUAUUCUGGGUCAAAAGCCCUAUCUCAGUCCGGAUCGCAGCUGAAUAGUAAAACCUAGUUCCAGAAAUACAUGUGGUUCUUACAACACAAACAAGGAACGAGUUCAGACAGGUUAGAUGCCAAAAAUAGGAAGUAAGAGGGGAGCUUGCAUUGAUCCAAACCUAGUACACCUAGAUACAAUGUCUUUUUCUACCACAAGAUGUAAUAACUGAGUCUUUUUAUGAGGAAGUGCUUUGUGAUAAAAUUUUAAAAGGUAUUUGUAGCUACACAUGAAUAUAAGUAGUUGUCCCUUGGCAUGAUUGAAAUACAUAUAGGGAAUGUUAAAGUUUAAAAGGUUAUUGCUCUGCUUCCUGGCCAUUUGGCAGUGAACAGCUGUUCUCCACCACACCAUUUCUACCUUGGAGCCAGUGAAUCAUGGACUGAACCCACUGAAGCCUGCUGGGACCAAAGCCAGCUGCUCAUGCAUGCUAGGUGAGGCCCUAUCACUGACCUCCAUCCCCAGUCCCAGUGUUGGUUUCAAAGGCAGAAGACAAGGACUGGGAGAAAAUUCAGCAUCCUGGAGACACCAACAGAAAUGGUGCAACCUCUGUUUGGAGACCCUUUAGGUUGGGACUGCAGAAGAGAAUUCAUUGAACUCAGGUCCAUGUAAGACCUUCCAGAGCCUUAAGACCCCCCCCCAGUAUUAUAGCAUAUAAUGCCCUACACCUUCCUGAUGUGACAUGAUGAGGAACCAAAACACCUACGAGGUGUCCUUGUCCAAAACUGUUCCCCUGGAUCCAGUCCAGCCUCUAGAAUAGCUGCCACUUUCCAGGAAAGACAGAGAAGGAGACUAGCAACACCAGGGGGAAGUGAUCUGACAGAUACCAUACAGAAGGUGGGACUUUUGUUUAAAACAGCUGUUCUGAUUCUUGUAAAAGUUAAUGUCAUUCAGAAAGUAGAAUGGCAAUUGCCAGGAGCUAAGGGUGGGAGUGAGAAAUGGGAGUUAUUGUUCAAUAGGUAUGGAUUUCAGUUCUGCAAGAUGGAAGUAGUGGUGACAGUUGCACAACAUUACGAAUGUACCUAAUGCCACCAAAUUGUACCUUUAAAAAUGGUUUAAAUGAGCUGAGCAUGGUGGUGCAUGCCUGCAAUCCUGGCACUCGAGAGGCCGAGGCAGGAUGAUCGCCACAAGUUUAAAUAUAGCCUGGGGUGCAGAGUAAGUUUGAGACCAGCCUGAACUACAUAGCAAAAUCCUAUAUUAAAUAAAUGACAACAAAAAAGCUAAGAUGGUGACUUUUAUGGUACUUGUAUUCUUUGCAAGUUUAAAAAAUGUCAGUAUCUCGGCUGGGUGUGGCUCAGUGGGCAGAGUGCUUGCCUAGCAUGCGAGAAGCCCUUGGUGCAAUUCCCAGCACUACAAAAAAAUUUCUUUAAAGAACAAAGCCAUCCACACAGCCAUGCCUGUAGCUCUUGCUAUGCAGGAGGCCCUGAGUUCCAGGCCACCUUGGGCAGCAUAAAAAGACACUUCCUGCCCCCACCAUCAGAAGAAAGAAAUGAAACAAGGAAGCAAGAAAGAAAGAAGGAAAAAAGAAAGAAAUGGAGAAAGAGAAAGGGAGGAAGGGAGGGAGGAAAGGAAUGAAGGGACUGUUCUUGAUAAAAAGCAACUAAAAAUCAACCACAAAUGCAAAAGAUGAAUUUUUAAGAAUUUCUGGUUCAGCAAGACACAGCAGUUAUGAAAGGCAUUCUUGAGACAAUCAGGGAAACGCAGACGUUUGCUGCUAUUGUUCGAUAGUGUAAAGUGACUGUUAGCCUCCCUACAUGCAGUUACAAUGCUGAGAUUGUGUUAGAGAAUCUCACGGGUCCUACAGCACGUGCACGGAUGCGCUUAGAAAUCCAAUGUCCAGAUGUCUGCGAUUUACCUGUAAGUAGUUCUGAAAAGAUAAAGUAAGCAGAAUAAAGAACAAAAAUAAAUAAUAAAUAGUAAAACUGGCAACAUGUUAACCAUUGCUGGGUCUUGUACAUGUUGAGCAAGGCUGGAUCACUGAGUUAUAUUGCAAACCCAACAAGCAUUAAAUUUAAGCAGAAGAUGUAUUGGAGUCCAUUACAUCGUUUUUAAAAAACUGUUAUGGUUGUUUGAAUGGUUUAAAAAUAAGAUGAUAGGAUUAAAUGGUAUGAUCUCUCCCUGUCCUUUUCCUUAUGUAAUUCCACGUGGGGUGUUACAGUGAAGACUGUGUUAACAGUGGACCCCAAGGGAUGUUUCCAGGGGCAUGAAAGAAUAAUGAAUGAUAUACUUGUAGAUACACAGAAUUAUGCAUCUGUUACAACCCUCAGGGUAUACAAUACCAAGAAUGAACCCUAAAAUAAAAAUGUGAACCUUAUUUAAUAAUUAUGGUGGAGUGAUAUCAGCUCACCAUUUGUAACUGAUGGACCAAUAUAGGACAAGAGGUUAACCAUGAAGUGCUCUGCACAGGGGAGGGAGAGACUGUAUGGAAAGUCCUGAUACUUUCUGUUCAAGUUUUUCUAUAAACCUGA